AAAAAAACGGACAGAACAGAAACGCACAAAUCUGAAGUCUCUCUCUCUCUCACUCUCUCUCUCGCGUCCUCCAAAGGUCGAGUUUUUAAGAGAGACAGACUUCUUAUGUAGUUUUGUCUCGUCCACCCAAAGAAAAUCAACAAAAAAAUACAUAAGAAAACUCGUUUCGCUUGUAAUUUCUUUCUUGUAUUUUUUUUCAUUUCUCUUUUUUUCCCCCAGAAUUUUCCAUACACACAUCCAAUCUCUCUUGUCAGCCAAAAAAGAAAAAAAAAACGUAACUUUGUACUCUCAGUUUCCGACCAUAGUGUUUUUGGGAUUGCCUAAAAGUUAUAGUGGAUUUUGUCAGAGAAAUGAUGAUGAUGUCAUGUCGGAAUAUAGACUUGGGUACGAGUGUUCUUGAUCUGAUGCCAUGUGGGUGUUCUUGUACUACCUCUUCUCCAACCAGUCGUCAACUCUUGUUUAGGAACUGUUCGAAGAAUGUUUGUCGGAUUGGUGGCAGAAGCUAUGGUGGAAAUUUGAUGUUACUCCGGCGAGAUUUGGGGACUUGCAGAGCUGUUCCUGCUAAACCAAAGGAGAAUUAUCUGGUCAAUGGCAUUGGUCAAGAUAAAACAGUGGUGCUCAAUCUGAAACCAGAAUCACAAAAGCCUAUAUCUUUGGAAAAUCUGUUUGAGGUAGUUGCUGAUGAUUUGCAGAGGUUGAACGACAAUCUCUUAUCGAUUGUUGGUGCAGAAAAUCCGGUUUUAAUAUCUGCAGCUGAGCAAAUCUUCAGUGCUGGUGGCAAGAGGAUGAGACCAGGUUUGGUAUUCCUUGUAUCACGAGCCACCGCGGAACUAGCUGGCUUAAAGGAACUUACAGUCGAACAUCGGCGUUUAGGUGAGAUCAUUGAGAUGAUUCACACCGCAAGUUUGAUACACGAUGAUGUGUUAGAUGAAAGUGAUAUGCGAAGAGGAAAAGAAACUGUUCACGAGCUUUUUGGAACAAGAGUAGCUGUAUUAGCUGGAGAUUUCAUGUUUGCUCAAGCAUCAUGGUACUUGGCGAAUCUUGAAAAUCUAGAAGUCAUUAAGCUCAUAAGUCAGGUUAUCAAAGAUUUCGCUAGCGGUGAGAUAAAGCAAGCAUCCAGUUUAUUUGAUUGUGACGUUGAGCUCGAUGACUACUUGCUAAAGAGUUACUACAAGACAGCUUCAUUAGUAGCUGCAAGCACAAAAGGAGCUGCGAUCUUUAGUAAAGUCGAAAGCGAGGUUGCAGAGCAAAUGUAUCAAUUUGGGAAGAAUCUUGGUUUAUCUUUCCAAGUAGUUGAUGACAUUUUGGACUUCACUCAGUCCACAGAGCAGCUAGGGAAGCCUGCAGCAAAUGACUUAGCCAAAGGUAACAUAACCGCGCCAGUGAUCUUUGCGCUAGAGAAUGAGCCAAGGCUAAGAGAGAUCAUCGAGUCUGAGUUCUGUGAGCCAGGAUCACUUGAGGAAGCGAUUGAAAUAGUUAGAAAUCGCGGUGGGAUCAAGAAGGCUCAAGAAUUGGCUAAGGAGAAAGCUGAACUUGCGUUAAAGAAUCUGAAUUGUCUUCCUAGGAGUGGUUUCAGAUCGGCACUUGAGGAUAUGGUGAUAUUUAAUCUUGAAAGGAUUGAUUAGUUUCAAAAGGCCUUUUACACAGGAAAUUGUAACACUUUAUUUGUUCAAACUUCAAAACACAUAAUUUUUUUUACUGUAUGUCGUAAAGUAAUAAUAACAUUAUUCAUGCUUAUUUUAGAUAA